AUGACAGACAAGAAUUUGUCGAACGGUAAAGUAAAGCUCAGCGACAGCGAUUUAAUCGGCAAUAUCUUCAUGGCCGCAGGACACGAGGUACUACAUCCCCUAGAUACUUUUGCCUGGCUGGACGAGGGUAUGGACGAAGGUGAUGGCGCGGCUUCGGGAAAGUAUCUUCCGACAAACGCGUGGGCAUGGAAGGCUCUUGGUGUUGUGGACCUGAUAAGGAGGAACUAUGCGGAAUCCAUCAAGGCUUUUCAAGUGGCACUCCGAGCGGACGUCGAUGACCAACUCCCAUGGUUGAGACUUGGUGAAGCCUGCAGUAAAGCCGGUCGUGGUGUGGCUGCCCUUAGAACACUUGGUCGAGCUCACGAGCUCCGACCGGACGAUUAG